AGGCCACCCGCUACAAGUUGAGACCCUCCCUCUUUCCCAAUUUCUGUAGCCGUUAAUAACAGAAUUCGCGCCAUCUUAUUAAAUUCCCAAAAACGCUAAACCCUAAACCCCAAAUCCAAAACCCUAUCUUCUCAAUUUGAUCGAGGAAAGAUGCUGGAGGCGAAGAGUCUGAGCAAGGCAGUAGUGCCGUCUUCCCUCAUAGAGAAUCCUUCUCCUGGUAGUCUCCAGUCCACUCGCCUGGCUCUCCAUGUUGCCGAGGACUGCUCCUCGUGUUGGGUCUACAUCGCCUCCGGCUGCCAAAUUUAUAAGCUUCAGAUUCCAUUGGAAGAGUCUCUGGUCGGUGAAGGGAAAGAAGGCCUUCUGAUUCCUGUACUCAGGGAGGUUAUGGAUUCUUUUAUGGUUAACCGCUGCCCUCAUCGUUCUGAAAUUCAGAGUAUGGUGCUUGCUGAAACAGAGAGCAAUGACUAUUCAAUGUUGGGAACUGUGGAUUCUUAUGGUCACUUUAUUGUAUCAAAACUAGAUACUACUGGUGAAGAGCGACUUACUUAUUCAGUAUUGCCUCGUGAUUGUGGCAUUGGAGAAAGUGGUUGGGCAGGGCUUUCCUUCAGUCCUGCACAAUGGUCUACGGCAGCCGUUGCGCGUAGCUUCUGCAAAACCAUUGAUGUUUAUGACCAGGAUAUUCAUGUCAGGACAUUGUGUACACUUUGGUAUCCGUCAUCAUUGAACUUCAUAACAUGUUCACAUUAUGGAAAUGAGGGUUCUAUAUUAGCAAUCACAGAAGGUUCCCAGCUGACUAUAUGGGACUUGAGAAUGAAAGAAAAUGGUGGCUGUCUACAACGAAUAUGUGGUUCCCUUGGUGAUGCCUUUUAUGCUGUGUGCUGUUCUUCAACUGGGAAUGUUGCAGUCGGAGGAGCUGAUCGUACAGUGACAAUCUACGAUCCUCGCAGAUGGUCAUCAUUAUCAAGAUGGGUGCACUGCUCCAAAUAUGAGAUAACUGGGCUUGCUUUCUCUUCAGUUGACUCCAACUACAUCUACGUACAAGGGGUUGACUAUGAGGUCUUAUGUGGACAGUGGAAAGAUAGCAGUAAGUUAUUUUCAUUUAGAGGAGACUCAAAUUGGCUUGGUUUUAGCAAGUGCCAAAAUAGGGAUCUUCUAGGUGGAUGGUGCGACUCUGGUAGUAUCUUUGUGGCCGAUGUUGUAGCUAAAGAGAAGGAAACAAACGCACCGACGUGUUCUUCCAGUGGAUCUCCUGGCGCUCGUUCAACUUAAUUCUCAUCUGCGUAAGAGGACUUUCACUGCCGUGCUGUAUCGCACUGCAAAAGAGUCGUAAGCAGUCAUUUUGAGUAGCUACCAAUGCCGUCCCCCAGUGAAUUCUAAUAUUUUAGUUCUGCAAUUUAGAAUUUUGUACAUGAAAUGUAGGGUUACCGUGAUAUGAACUGUUUCUAACUUUCUGAUUUGGAAUUAAUGUGAUUGUAGAUUCUUAACUUA